GCAGCCUAGUUGAUGUAGCAUUCAUUCAUGCUAACGGAAUAUACUCCCGAACGUUUGACUAUUUUUAGUAAAAAAAUAAGAAGAAAAAAAGCUGAACUGCAGACAAGACAGAGUCUGCGACUAACUAUGGGUAUGACUAAGUUACUUCCUCUUAAAAUGAAAUGAGUAAAACAGAGUAGGGUUAAACCUGAAAAAAUAAACGCAACAAAACGCUGUUUUGUUGCGUUUAUUUUUUCAGGUUUAACCCUACUCUGUUUUACUCAUUUUAUUUUGUACUAACCUGUUUGCAGUCUCUCCCCUUAUUACUUAUUACCCCUUAUUUCCUCUUAGUCUUAUUUACCGGUACUGAACUAAUACUAAUAAUAACUAUCUUAUAUAAGGCACAAGUGUAAGUCAAUCACUCCUACUAAUUAUAGUUACUAACUAUACUAUACUAUACUUUACAAUGACUAUGACUUUUACUAUUAUAUAAAAUUAUUAUUUAUUAUAUUUAUAUACUUCAUACAAUUUGUCAACUAAAACUAUUCAAUCUAUGUCUAUACUACUACAACCAUAUUCUAUAAAUAGUAAUUUAUCUAUCCAAGGCUAUCUAUCUAUCUAGUCAGUCAAUUUAGUUAAUUUAGUAUUAUUAGUAUUAGUAUUAUUGAAUUGUCAAAAUUAGAGUUUAUUAUACUAUAAUUAGUAUUAUUAAUUAUACUUUUUAUUAUUAUUAGUGUUAUUACUAUUAGCAUUUUUAAAAUGAAAAUUAAAUAAUACAAUUAUUUGGUAUAAGUGCAGUUAUAAGGCAAGGUGCAUAUAUUAUUUCUGAUUGAAUUUUGUAUUUUUGCAUGUUAACUUAUGUGUACCGGGUGUUCUGUACAAAAUUUACUCCAGCAGUAACAGUUAACUGCUAUCGCUAUCAAUACUAUCAUUAAACUUAUACAAUUAUGCAGCUUUAACUUUUCUUUUUGAUGAUUAGUACAGCCCCCAAUGGUACAUAGUAAAAAAUAGCCCGUAGCGUGAAUAAAAAUGAUCUCUCCAUUUUUUUGUGUGUUGUUUUUUUUCACCCUUCAUGUCAGAUGUUUUCAUCUAUAAGUUGGUGUGCUGAAAGAAAUUUUCAAACUGAAGGCAUGUUCACAAUAAGAAUGAAAUUUUGCAUUAUUUCAGAUGGAUUAAAAUGAAAUCAAUGAUUAUAUUAUAUAUUACAUGUGCAAGUUAUGACAGUAUUAGCGCUAGCGGGUGAUGUCAAGUCAGAUAUUGACAAUUUUAACCCUAAACUUACUUAGUGGUAUUGUUGCAGACAAAUUCAUUUGGGAAACGUGUAAAGCAAGGAGAAAAGAAAAAGAUUGGAUCCAAAAUACCUACCUUAAAUUUAAAAAGAUUCAAUGACAUUUAUGUUUGUAUAUGUUCUGGAGUAUUAAUUAAUAAAAAAUGGAUGGAAUAACUUUCUUUGAAAAGGAAAUUUUGAACUUAUUUCAUGCUUUCCCCCUUGUAUUUUGUAUGACAGAUUUUUGAAGGUAGUGAACGAUAAAAAAAAAAAAUGAAAUUAAAAUUUUUAAUACAAGUACCUAUAAAUUGAAAUUUUCUGAAAGAAUAUUCCUUCUAGUAUCUCAAAAACUUGAUAGUUUUAUGAUAGUUUGAACAACUUAUGGAGUAUUAAGUUGGGUUGAAUGCGGGAGUUGAGUAGUAAAAUGUUACUCACUCUGUAAAGGUUAAAAUAAACUUACAUAAUAUAAUAAAUUCUUUUUCAUUAUCAUAAACUACCUUGUCCGAUUUACUUUCAGAAAAUGUACACUUGUAAGGGUCUCUGAAUUCAUUUAGCGUGGGAUUUAGUCAUUUAUUUUACUAGUAUAGGAACAUGCAAAAAAUGGUUUGACACUACAGAAAAAUGCUCUUGACAGUUCUAGGGUUAAUAUCCCCAAAAGCUAAGCCUAUGUCACUGUUGUAUCUAUACCAUAGGGCCUAGUUUGUCUGUGCCGACAGGUGUGCCCACAUUUCAGUCAUCUAACCUUCUUCUCAUCCAUGUUGAAAAUAUGUUCACUGAUGUGUUUUUUAAACUUUGAUAUUAGUCCUAACUGCCAGCUACAGCUCACAAAUUGUUUACAUCUGUUUUUCUGGGAGCCAUAAAUUUGAUAUAUUCUAACUGAACUUUGAAAUGAUCAAAGUCAAUCCAAUUAAUAAACGCUGUCUUCACUUUUUAUUUUACCACAUAUGGUGUUACUGUUGGACAAUGUUCGCAACCUCCUUAAUUUACCUAAUCCAGAUAAGAUUUUGAUGUAUUCAGCCAGCUCAGUCUCAUGCUCUGUGUGGAGUACAGUUUGUUAUUCAACAUUAGCAGCUUAGUUUUUUUUUCCUAAAGAAUUCCCAGAUGUGUACCAUAGCAAAUGUUUUAAUUGAUUUCAUAAUAAUAUUUAGUCAUUUGGCAUUGACCUAUGCCAAAUGAUAAUAACAAUUAUUCAUCCAGGUCCCUAUAAUUUGACCCGUCUUGGCCUUACAUAUUAAUUAAUCCAAAUAAGAAAUCAUUUGAUGAAAUUGAUGUGAACAAAACUAUUUUUAAUUUUGCUCUUACUGGAAAGUAGUAUUUACCAAAUGUUGAUAAAAAAUACAUGGCAGUUUGUGGCCUGUUUGACAAAAGAGUCACAUUUUCUCAGCCAUCAGAAAGUCAGAAAGUGUUUAAUGCAAAUAAUGAGGUGGAAUAUUUUAUUUUUUAAUGGAUUUAAAUGUUAACAAAUUUCUUUUCAGGUUGUGUUUUGACCUUACUCAGAAUUAAUAAGUGGGAACUGUUGCUUUUGAACAAAAAUGGUAAGAUAUUGGUAGCCCAAAUUUGUUUAUUGAAAUAGAAUUUACGUCAACAUUUGCUUUAAUUGUAUUAAAUUAGACAGCAAAAAAUUUAUAUUUACUUUUAAAAAUGAUAUCCAUUGAAACAUAAUACCUUAAGAUCAGUGCUGUCCAACCCGUGACCAGCUGGCUGCAUGUGGCCACCAAGCAUAUAUUAUUUCUGAUUGAAUUUUGUAUUUUUGCAUGUUAACUUAUGUGUACCGGAUGUUCUGUAUAAAAUUUACUCAAGCAGUAACAGUUAACUACUAUCACUAUCAAUACUAUCAUUAAAUUUAUACAAUUAUGCAGCUUUAACUUUUUUUGAUGAUCAGUACAGCCCCCAAUGGUACAUAGCCCGUAGCGUGAAUAAAAAUGAUCUCUCCAUUUUGUUGUGUGUUUUUUGUUUUUUUUUCACCCUUCAUGUCAGAUGUUUUUAUCUAUAAAUUGGUGUGCUAUGCUCCUGGAUAAAAUUCAGAUAGCACAGAAUAAUGCGGCUCGCAUUGUUUUUCGCAAAUGCAAGUUCGACCAUGCUAAAACACUUCUGAGAGAGUUGCACUGGCUGCCGGUCCGUGCUCGCAUAGAGUACAAAAUCGCAACUUUGUGCUACCGCUGCUUACAUGACCUGGCGCCGUCCUAUCUGAAAGAGCUGCUGACGCCUUAUGUACCCACUAGACAACUCCGCUCAUCUGAUAGUGGCAAACUCUCGACACCACAUGUUCGCCUUGAGACUUACGGAAAGCGCACUUUUGCAUUUGCUGGUCCAACAAUGUGGAACACCCUUCCUGUCGAUCUCAGAAACAACUAGACACUGCAGUCCUUUAAAACCGAUUUAAAGACACAUCUAUUUUGCAAACACCUUCUGGGAUGAUUGUCUACCAUGCUUUCCAGUUAAUGCAUAUUUGGCUGUGUUGCUUAUGGUUGAAAUGGUUAGAAAGACUUUGACCUCGUAUGCUUGUAAUUAGUUUUUGUAGUGUUGUGUUUGUUUUAAAUGUGGUAAAUUAUAGAUUUUUUUUGUUGACUUUGUACCGCGCUUCGAGCCUUUGGGGAUGAAGCAUGUUUUUUAAAUAAACUUUAUUAUUAUUAAGCUGAUUUUAAAUGAGCCACCACUGCUUAAGAAAUUUUUUCGAUAUGUGCAAAAAAAAAAAUUUUCAAACCACAUUGGUUGAUUUAGUAUUGUUGAGAAAUUGCUUGAGAACACAGGCAGGAGAAGUUGUAACAUGGAAAAUGGGGAGGUCACAAAGGCAAAGGAGAGGUAUCGCUUGACAGGUAGCAAAAAUUUAUGUUAAGCACAUGAGAAGAGCAAUCAUUUGGGAACCUAGGUGACAUAAAAUCAGAUAUUGUUUUCUCACUUAUUUCUGUUGCUUGUACUGUACAGGGGAGGCUCACAUGGUAUCAUGUACAAUUACUGGCGGCAUUGAUUGGGAAAGAUGAAUAGGGAAACCAAAAGUAACUUGAUGUGUUGCUAUUUGUUCAUUGUAAAAAUAUCCAUGCCCUCUCCAACAUCUCCAACGCGACCAAGUUUGAUGAAAUAGAUGGGUGAGCACUGCGACUUAACUGCUCUGCUUUGUGGAAUGAUACUAUCAUUGAUAGUAAUAGUAUUAUGAUCGGGUUAGAGUAAUUGAGAUGGGAGCCGGGGUGCUAAAGGUGUCACAGUUGAAGACUACGGUGGGUAGUGUGAACCGGUGGGCAGUGUGAAUCGUUAAUGGUACGAUUGAAUUUAAACAGGUCGUCGAGCAAGGUGUGGGAGCAAGUGUCUGUCCUGAAUUGUUGUGAUGUUGAAGACAAGUACUUGGUAUGAGACAUUCAGUGAGUAGAAAGCAGGAUACAAGCUGUAUUUGUUUGUAGUUAAUGCAAUUCAGUCAGAGAAGAAUUGUGAGAGACAGUAGGAAGAUGAUUGAAGUAUUUUUUUUAUAAACAAACAUAAGUUAACAUUUUCAAAUGAAUUCUGGAUGACGUCAUGUUUCUUCUGAUGAAUUUCCACAACAAUGGAAAUGUAACAUAAUUGUGACGUGUUUUUGCAAGCACCCUAUAUCAGUGAAGCUGGAUUCUGUAUAAUUACCAAUGAGUACAAAAAAACCUAAUGCCACUUUGACUUGUGGACAUAUAGGGCAGGUGCUACUGAUAACUAUCCCAUAUUAAGAAAAUUGCAAGUACCAUUCAAAGCAAAAUAUAUCAUCAAAAAUGGCAACAAUUUGUAUUAGCUUUAUUUAUGUUCUUGAUGAGCAGAUAAUGCUAUUGGAGAUAUGGCUCUUUAUGCAUAAGGCAAGAAAUAUUAAUAAUAUGAAUAAUUUUUUUAAAAGUUACAAAAAACCAACAUAUAUUUUUUUUUUGAAAUGUCACUUGCGCCCCUCAGGUUCAGGAAAAAAAAUUAUUGGCACAUGUCAAAAAAGUUUGGAAAGCACUGGGCACUGCUUUAGAUAUUGAAGAUUUAUUUCCAUCCCUCUAUUUUUAACAAAACCUUAUUUUUAGAGGUGGUGACUGCAUUUUUAACUCAAUUGCUGCAGUACAACACACCGUAUGUUUAUCGGCCGUGCUAAAAAGCACUAAACAACACAUUGUGCAUUGUUUCAAUAUCAUGGUUGUUUCUUUGCUAUUGCUCUGUUAAACUUUUUAAGAGCUUUUUUUUUAAAUAGACUUUUACUUUACAUAGAAGAGUGAUACUUCCUUGUUUAUGAAUGAAAACAAUGUGUAUUUGCUGUCAUUUGAAUUAUUUUAUUAAUUUUCUCCAUUGUUUUUUUUUUAACAGCUCAACAGGCUUUGGAAAUGUUUCAUACUAUUUCUAUUGAUAUUGAAUAUGACUGAGAUCAAUCUCAUGAUUCCAAUAGCAGUUUAAUUUCAUAUGAUUGGAUUUAUAGUAGUAAAGAUGAUGAGCCACAAACUAGAAGAAGGGCUAUUCCAUUAUUACAAUAAUAUAUGUCUUCAUCCAAGGGUAAUGGGGAAAAAAAAGAAAGAUGACUACAGAUGAAACUAUUGGUUGAAAUUUAAAAGUAGGAGAAUGGAUUGAAGCAAAUUUUGAUGCAACUGCUAACAGUUUUUUUUAUCCUCACAUAAAGAGCCUGGUGUCAACAAAGCCAUAAUAUCUGAAAAUUGUUCACCACUUGAUUGUUUUUCAAAACUUUUUAUGAUGAAGUUAUUGAUAUUAUCAUAUCAUGUAUAAAUAGCUAUGCUGAAAAAAAAAUGAAACGGAACACUCCAAUGUGGGGGCGCUCUAGGUUUCAAAACUGGAAACCAGUGUCAAAGUACCAUGUUUAUAAAUUCAUCGCUAUUUCUCUGGCUAUGGGAAUGAAUCAACGUCCCAGUCUCCAAGACUAUUUUUCAACCUGAGACAUAUUGAACACACUUUUAUAUUUACCACAUAUGGUGUUACUGUUGGAAAAUGUUCGCAACCUCCUUAAUUAACCCCAUCCUGAUUUCAGAGGGUUAAAGCUAAAUUGAAGCCAUACGUAAACAAACUGACAAAAAUUGCAUUCACGCCUUACCAAAUUGUGUCUGUUGAUGAAAUGAUAGUUGGCUUCAUGGGAAGAUGGCAGUAUAAACAAUAUAACCCUACAAAACCAAGUAAAUACCACAUCAAAAGUUUUGGUCUAGUAGAUCGGGCCACUGGGUAUGUGGUAAACCUUAAUUUGAUCGUGAUGCUGAUGUAGAUAGUGGCCAGGCAGUUCAGAUUUUCCAGACAUUACUGCAUGCUAUUGGCAAGGGAUACCAUUUAAUUUGCAGACAGAUUCUACACUACCAUGAAAUGGGUAGAAUAUCUGACAGAGUAACAGAUUUAUUACACUGGGACUCUCCAAAGUAACAGGCGGCUGUUUCCCAAACAUUUAAAUUCAUUGAAAAUAAAAGACAUGGAGUCAAAAUACCAGAAGGCCAAAUAAUGGCUUUUGCAUGUUUUGCAUGGGAAGAUCUCACUGAUCAAAAAGUUGGAUAUUAUGGGAUGCACCAGAGAAAGUGAAGGUGAUGGAAAAAAACUUUAGCUCUGCAUUAUGGAAAUUACUUGUUCAAAUGCUCACAUUCUUUACGCCUUGAGUCACCCUGAAGCUCGUAUUAGUCUAAAAAAUUUCAAAAUAAAUUUUAUCGAUUCAUUGUGUUUGGAAGCAUCUUCAAUUUAGCUGACAGAAGAAAGAAAAAUACCUUUGCCAGGUCGACCAAGGGCUAACCCAAUAUCAAGGUUGGAAGGGGGAAGGCAUUUGAUAGACUAUGCUAAACAGGACAGGCAGUGCAAAGUGUGUAGUGCUCCAACUAAGUCAGCCCAGACACAUUUUAUUUGCAUGGACUGUCCUGACCAACCGCAUCUACACCCCAAAGACUGUUCCAAGAAAUAGCACACUGUGUCCAAAUUUAUAAAUCAAUAGCUAUGAGUCAAUUUAUAAAUCAAAGAACAAUAGUUAUAAAUCAAAUUAUAUAUCAAAGAACAUUAGUUAUGAAUCAAGUUAUAAAUCAAAUAACAAUAGUUAUGAAUCAAGUUAUAAAUCAAAGAACAAUAGUUAUGAAUUAAAGAACAGUAUGUACAUUUAAAAAAAAACAUUUUAUGCAUCAUUGUAAACAAUCAUCUGUUCAAUUAUAAAUGUGUAAAAUGUUAAUUUUUUUAAAAUCACUAGUGACACUAUGAGACAUAAUUCAAAAUUCCUUUUUGAUUUUGUGAUUCUUUUGUGGAUUUUUAAGCACAAAAAUGUCUGUUAUUGUUAUAUAAUUUAUAUUACAUAAAUUUCAAUGAUUUUGAGGAAUAAGUUUUCUUAAUUUUGGUGGGGGGUUUUUUUGUGUUAUGCUUUCAUAUUUUAAGUUUUUUUUUCUGUUAAUUAUUUUAUUUACACUGACGAAAUAAGUUUAAAAUCAUAUAGUCCAUAAAAUUAUCUUGUAUCGCUGCUAUUCGGACUCGGGUCCCAUUAGACCAAAUGCUAUUCGGAUGUCAUUUGUGGUAGUUUAUUUUAGUUAAACUGAAGAAUUAGGUUUACAAACAUAUUGUCCAUUCAAUUAUCUUUCAUUCAAUACCAAAUUUUACCUUACAAACCCAACAAUAAUAUUUUUAAUAUUGUUUAAUAAACCAAACCUCUCACUUCUGAUACCGGAUCCAAAUAGCCACAGCCUUUUCUAUAUCAGUGUCAAUAUAACUUUGGUUGAACCUCCCACCCACCCACUCCCUAUGGAUAGACCAACACUAAAAUGAUUUGGCCUAAUCUUGGGGACUGCGUUCACAUAAACAUCUGUUUUGACAAAAGUUGUCGGAUGAAAUUGUUUGUUCUUCUACUUCUAAUAAACUGAUGUGAUGCACCACCACCAACCCGUGCUCCUGUUAUAUUUUCAGAUUGACUGAAAAGUGAUGCAAGCAGGGGAGAGCAAUGUUCCUGUCACAUCUGUUAGCUCUUAAGAUUGCUUUUUUCUCCUUGAGACUGUCUGAGUAGCUUAAGUUAUACAAUUGAAAAAAGUUAACUCCUAGAAGUAGUAGUGCUGUACUGGUAUAACUUGAGUGCCAAUGAUUGAGUGACAAUACCCAAAAGCUAUAUGUGUGCAUUUGCACUGAAGACUGCUUUAAGCUGUACGUGCUGUGAGUUCAUUUUAUAGCAAAAGUUUGAUACAGCUGUCUAAAAGCAACAUGGCUUAUGAUGUGAAAGACAAAAUCCAUGUGUAUGAGACAGUAUCAGCAUCAGGAACCAUCUUCUUAUUCCUGGAUGACCAGCAGGUGUUGGCUCAGAGCUUCAGGCAGCAUAUCAAAAUUCAUGUGGUCUAUGACAAAUUAAAUGAGUCCGUCUUCACACCUGGGGAGGAAACACUUUACAAAGAUGUAAAACCUAAUGGCAGCACAAUGAUAGAAUAUGUUGCUUUGCCACUUAGUCCUUGUCCAGUGGGACAAGACCAGAUCAGGAUUAAUGAACACCAUUCACAGGCUGUUGACAUUGAUAAACAGUUGAGUGAAAGCGAGUUUUCUAAUGAUGAAUUGCCCAUGAUUGUACAAGAACACACAGCAAGCAAUCCAACAUGUUCAAAUACUUCAAAGCCGGCUCUACUAGACUUGCAUUUAAUUUCAUCUGAAGCUGUGAAAAUUUUGUGUAGGAGGAAGGAAGAUGACAAAUCUGUAUUGAUUGACACAGGGGACCCAAAAAAAGGAAACAGGUGUUCAAAAGAAUUGUCUCAAAGGCCAUCAAGAUCUGAUAAAAAGUGGUCAUCCAGAGAGGAUAGCAAAACUUUGUAUUCCAAACAUGCCCAAGCAAAGAAAUCAAAGGAAACAAAUGUGUGUCUCAAUAUUUCUAUAGCUUGUUUGGAAAAUGGACUUGACAAUGUACCAGAAAGUAUCAAAUCUUGUACAGGGGAAUUAAAUAAGGACUGUGUUGACUCUGAAAAUAAAGAUGAGUGUGACAAACCUGAGAAGAAAACUAAAUUAAAAAAGAUCGAACAGGAAAAAGAAGUUAGUUGUGAAUAUUGCAAAAAAAUAUUCAAGAGCCAGCAUGACCUCUUUGAACACAGAAAAGGGGAGAAAGGCUCUUAUCAAUGUAAGUACUGCAGUAAAGAAGUGGCCUUCAAGGCUCAUCUUCUGGUGCACAUGAGAAAGCACGGAACGUAUGAAGACAGGACAAGCAAAACCGCUGACCAGGCUCUUGAAGUGGUGAUGGAAAGUAACACAUCUGAGAAUGGAAUCAAGUGCGAUAUUUGCGGCAUCAGCGUGUCCACCUCUAGGCGCUUGAAAGCUCACACAAUGAUCCACACUGGGGAGUUUGCCUACAAGUGCUGUGUGUGUGGAUUCAGGUCACAAUACUUAAAUAAGUAUCAUUUAGAUACGCAUCUCAAGGCUGGCCCGGUGCAGUGCAAGAUCUGCAACAUGUGUUUCCCAUCUCGUUCAGAGCUCUCCGAGCACCAGCUCACUCAUGAAUUUAAGUGCAACAUCUGCGAUAAAGUCUUCCCCAACAGAACCAGCAGAGAAUACCAUUACAAGAAGGACCACAAAGAAGACAUUCUAAAAUGCCAUAUCUGCGACAAAAUGUAUUCAUCCAAUGAUGAGCUGAUGUCUCAUUUGAAGUAUCACCGCCACCGAUCCAAAACUCAGUGCACGAUAUGUGGGCUUAUGGUGUUAUAUAUUCGUAAACAUAUGCAAUCACACGAUAAAGGCAUCCCGGGAGUUGGAACAUAUGUGUGCGAUCAGUGCCCUAAACAGUUUAACCAGAGGCUCUCAUUCAAGAGGCAUAUGAAGGCUCACUGCCAAGAGAAGCCCUACGUUUGUAUUGAGUGUCCCAAAAGAUUUGCUCGGAGUGGUGGGCUGAAUCGGCAUAUGUUAACUCAUACCAAGGAAAGGCCAUUUGUCUGUGAAAUAUGUGGCAAGGCCUGCUCCCGGAAGGAAAAUUUGCGCGUUCACAUGAAAGUUCACAGGGACAUAACUUCUGUGCUAUGUGAAGACUGUGGGGAGAGUUUCUCUUACAAGAAUGCGCUAAAAGAACAUAUUAAGAUGGCCCACCGUGUGGAUGUCAUCAAUAUCGACCCACCAGAAGAGGUGCUGUUUUCUUCUAAUUCACUUGAUACGGUUUAUUUAACUUGAAUUUGAAUAUCUGCCCAGAGACUGUUUUCUUUUAAUUCACUUGAUACGGUUUAUUUAUCUUUAAUUUGAAUAUCUGCCCAGAGACUAUUUUCUUUUAAUUCACUUGAUUCAGUUUAUUUAACUUUAAUAUCUGCCCAGAAACUGUUUUAUUAACUUCAGUUUUCUUUAGCUUGCGACUUGUAUUUUGAUUUGAUAUUCCAGUCUCUUUUCUUCAGGCAUGUUGAGAUAGACAUCACAAGAACAUCUCAAAUGAAUGCUAAUGAUAUUAUCAGUUAUACUGACUCCAUGCCACAUUGUUUAACCAUAAAUGUGUACUCGACCUUUAAUAUUUAGCACAAUGACCUAAGUGUGUACUCUAACUUUAAUAUUUAGGACAAUGAUGUCAUGAAUUGGCAUGUCUUACUUGUUGUAUGUCAUAAAAUUAUUUUAUUCAAUUGCUCAUGGAACAAAUGUCACCAGAUUUGUUGCACACUGUAAAAUUGUGUGUGAUGACGUACUAUAGCUCAGAUGAGAAGUUAUUUGCCCUUUUGAAGCCAUCUCAUAAGCCUUCUUUUAAACACAGUAAUAUCUUGUACCAGGUAUAGCAAAUAUUUAAAGUUGCAACUCCAUAACUAAGUGUAUUAAAUCAGGAGUGGGCAAUAAAUGUCUUUUGAAAAAAUAUCCAAUAUUUUUCUCUAAUUUUUUGUUGUUGUUGUUUUGACAAAUAUAAAUGAGAUUUUGUUUUGAAAAAUAUAAAUGAGAUUUUGUUUUGACAAAUAUAAAUGAGAUUUUGUUUUGACAAAUAUAAAUGAGAUUUUGUUUGCUCACAUGGCUUCAACCCCAAAUGAUAAAUUCUUAAGUUUUUCUUAAGCUCCAUUUUUCCCGAAAGCUUUGCUAAGAAAAUAUAUUUUUAGAUGCUACAGGAAAUCAUAUUUGUACAAUGGUAAUGCUUGCCACAGAAAACAAUGGACUUGCUUCCUUGAAUCAGUUUUGGUAGAAUGCCUCCAUCCUUGUCUUGGCUCCCCUUAUCAAGUGCUCCUGUUAUAUUUUCAGAUGUCACUCUCGGUGGUGGGUCAAGUCUGAUUGGGCAUGUCCUAAACCUGCCAGGCAUCAGUAGGAAAAACACUCCCACAACUUUCUCAUUCUCACAAUCACACACUGCUUGACUAUCCAUUGGUGGCCUUUGUGAAUUUCUCCUCACCACAACGCUGGGAACAUGAAAAUGAGUUCUGUCAUUAAGAUGAGUAAGGCAAUGCUAAUACUAGCUAUUUAAUAACCUACACUGACAAAACUCCCAGUGUGGCCCAGUGUGGCCCAGUGGGUAGAUCUGUAAGGCUUGUAUAAUACUUUUUGUAGCUAUGGAACUGUGUGACGAUCAUCGUAUUUGUUAUCAUAAAGACCCAGCGUGUGGCACGCUGCACCUCAAAAUAGACAACAAAGACUAUCUCAUGUUAAACUUUACUGAAAGAAUUGAGUUGGAGAUUUUGUUCACAGGCUUUGGCCUCACACGGUCCACAACAACCAACCCACCUAAACCUGGGACUGAGGCUUCUGGUCAUGAGCAUAUGACCCAUGAACCAGCUCAGAGUCUCCAGAGUGGGCAUGGUUUUUUUCUAAAGCCGGAUAUUGAGAUAUCUGGGGAUGCUGAUGAAAAGGCAGAUCUAUUUGAAGAUAGCUUUGCACUUGAUAACAAACUGGUGGUUGAUUUACCUCUAGAGGAUAAACAAGAACUACGUUCACCAUCACAAAGUAGGAAACGUUCAUCAAAGAAGGAUAUUUCCUUCAAGAAUAAAAACCGUCCAAAAGAAGAGUCUGAAACUCAUCAAGGUAUAAAUAAAGACUGCGCAAGUAAAGGGGAAGGAAAUAGUACCUCCAUCAAACAAGAGUUAUCAUCCAGGGCAAUGAGGUACAAAAAAAGGAAACUUAACGAAAGAAAACCAGAUGCCAAAAGGGCAACAAACUCUGGUCCUCGAGUUAAAAAAAAAGUUAAAAAUUCAACCAAGACCAAUAAUGACCCCAAGCAGCAGAUCUCAAAGAUUGUAAGUCAAGGAAGCAGAGGAGUGCAGGAAGUUGCACAAGGCAAGACAUCGAAAUGUAACUCCAAGUGGCAGGCAGCGUGUGACAUGUCAUGUCAGUAUUGUCUCAAAGACUUUCCAAACCAGCAAGCUUUUUAUGACCACAAGAAGACGGCACGGUCUCUUUUGUUCCCUUGUGUGUUGUGUCAAAAGGUUUUCCCGUUCAGGGCCUUUCUACAGGCUCACAUCAAGGCCUGCCAUUCUGAGAAGAAGGGGUUCACAAAUCUGAAAGAGUCUGAGGCGUGCGCGUGUGACGUGUGCGGUGUGGAGGUGAAAAACAUGUUCACCUUGAAAAAGCAUCUCAUGUCCCACACGGAUGAGUAUUUCUACAAGUGUUGCAUCUGCGGGAAACAGUUUGUUGAGCCGGGGACUUUGAACAACCACAUGGUGACCCACAAGUCUGGUGGCAUGAUACGCUGUAAGUGCUGUGAUCAGCUGUUUGCCACCAGGGGUGCCCUGGCCAAACAUCAGCUUGCCCUGAUGGAGGUCAAAUGCCACUUGUGCGGGCAGACCUUCCCUAACAGAACCAGCAGAACGCAGCACUACAAGACCUCUCAUCAGACUGACAUUCUCAAGUGUGUCCAGUGCACCUGUAUGUUUUCAUCCUCGGAAGAGCUGGCGGUCCAUAUGAAAAAGCACACCAUAUACAAGAAAAAACAGUGCACGACAUGUGGUAAGUUUUUCUCCAGGCUUGAAAAGCACAUCAUCACACACAAAUCCAAGUCUGACAUUGAUGAAGGUGAUCUGUUCGUUUGUGACAAGUGCCCUAGGAAAUUCUCCAACAGGUCAUCGUUUCAGAGACAUCUGAGCAUACACAGUCAGGAGAAACCCUACCAGUGCCCUAGCUGCCCUAGAACGUUUGCAGACUGUGGUGUCCUGAGGAAGCACCUCCGGAGACACUCUCUGCUCAUGCCCUAUCAGUGUGAGGUGUGUGGCAAGAAAUGUAAAGAAUCUGGCAACCUCAAGGUUCACAUGAGAAUUCACUCUGACACCAAGAAAUUUCCUUGUCCCACAUGCCCUCUUGCAUUUAACUAUAAGAGUUCUUUGGAUGGUCAUGUACGUACCCAGCACUCGGCAGCACAGCACUCAGUAACACAGCAAACAGAAACACAGCACUCAGGGGCACAGCACUCAGUAACACAGCGCUCGCGGGCACAUGCUAUUGAGUCUGACCAUGGAAUUAAGUGUGAUCUUCAAGUCCCUUAUCAAAGGCUGAAAACAUCAGAAAUAAGCUGUGGACAGACUUAUGAUGGGUCAGGUAGAGUUCAGUUAGAUUCAGAUCAGAACUUGAAAAGUCGAAUUAGUGGGUUGGAGUAUAAAACAGAGCAGCACUACGCCAGCAGGCAGGAAGUUGACUUUAAACAGUAUUAUGAACAUAGUGCAGACACAAUGGGGAUUACACAAAUGCAUUCUGAGGGAACUGUGAACCCAAUAAAACACGUGUAUAAUGGUCACUCUAUGCUAACCAAGACUGGAGAUGCUCCCAAAGGCAUGUACAUAGGUGAAACUUCUAAUGUUGCUUCAAUCAACUUGACCUCAACUUACGUCAAUCAUCACAGCACCCCUAUUAUGAGCAGUCAAAAUCAAGAUGAACUACCUAUGACAGCAGCUAAUAUUUCUUCUGUAAAUGUCACAUUAUACUAAAAAGAACACGUUUUUGUAAAAAAAAAGUAUUAAAAAAUCUUUUAAAUGUUUUUAUUUAACUUUUUCUUGUCCCAUGCAUAUAAAAUAAGAAAAAUAUGUAACGGUAUCAAAAAACGUGAAUACUGAAAAAUGUAGAUCCUGUAAUAUACUAAUUUGAAAGUUUAAUUUUUGUUUUUUUUUUACCAUCACUGUGUAUAUAAGUUUAUUACACAUUCAAGUCUCCAUGUUUUUAUAAUUUUAUUCAUAAAUCAAUUUGUUGUAUUGCCAGCACAUAGUUAUACCCUGCCUGUAUAUUUGAUGCAUUUCUCUGCUUUUUACUUAUAAAUUUAUAAUGGAAUUCUGUUUAGAGGACCCUUGCAUACAUCGAUGCUAAUUUUAAUUUAUUGUUUUAUAUCCUCAAGAUCAGCCUUUGUAGCCUAAUCAAAUGUCACUAUGUUCAAAUGUAUGGUGUUUCCCUUUCACACUCUUUGAAAUUAAAAAUGUUUGGGAUGUAUGACCAUUGAUUUAGAGAUCAGUAUCUAUGGAUUUGAUAAUUGUUUGAGCCUUAAUACAGUUGCUAGAUAAGUCUGUGUCCAUGUCCUACAUCUGGUGAUCCUGUUAUAUUUUCAGAUGUCCAGCACAAGUGAGACAAGUCAGCCAGAACUACUGACCGGUUAAUUGUACUAGCAAGUUUUAGGAUAUUUUAAAAAGUUUUCCUCUGCUUUGACUUGCUGGUAACAUGAAAUCUCUCCAGAUAACAACACACCAUUGGGUUUAAACUGCCAGGCUUGAAGUUCAGUUUACUUUGCCAUCAUCAAGUCCUGUUUACACAUGGAAGUGUAAAGCUACAAACAUAGAGCACACUUGUAAUCUGUUAAAGCAGUGAGUGAGAUAUGGAGGCUUCUCUGAGACAAAAUCACUUUUUUGAAGCCAUUCUGGGAAGUGGAGUUUUAAUAUACAAUAUUGAUGAAAAUGAGCCUGUCUGCGUAAAGUUUGGCAAUAUUAUUAGGAUCAAAGUUGUCUUUGACCCACCACAUGGCAGUCCAUCUGAGUCGCUGGAGCCCAAACAUUCGCAGGCAACCUUUACAGAGAGUGGUCUAAGUGAACAAACUGAGUUAACAAAGAAAACAGGAAAUUCUGAUAGUACACACACACAUAUUGAUAGCCAAGAUGAAGUUUUUUAUCCAUUUUCUGGAUGCAGAGCCCCUGCCUUUGAGAAUGGUUUAUUAGAAGAGAUGAACUCAAAAGGUCAGAAGAACACAGAGGUCAAGGUUAGAAAAACUUCAAAGCGUCUAAAAGAAAAACAUUUGAAUGCAAUAGGAACACCAAAAAGGUCAAAAAGACUUACACAACUGAAGAAAUCUCAAAAUAAAAGUAUGGCAAGGUCCAGUGAAGCAGAGUUGGCCUUGGAGUGUGAUGAUGGUGAAAGUCAGUCCAUCAAAGAGGUGGCGGAGAACACGUUGCAUGACGAUGACAUUAAUGUGACGGGUGAGCUGAAAACUAAACUAAGAAAGAAAGACAAAGUCGUAGAGAGCGUAUCUGAUUCUGCUCCAGUGAAAAUUAAAAAGAUGUCAUCUGUGUCUCAGAAAAUAAAUAAAAAGCAAGUUGAGAUGGGAAGGAAGCGAUUGGGUCCAGAUGAUCGUGACGAUGAGUUGCCAGUGUCACGAGAGAAGAUAAAAAAACUCCAAGUGGAUAAAAUUGUCAGGUGUGAUUACUGUGAAGUUGAGUUCAAAAAUCAGCUAGACUUUUACAACCACAGGAGGGCUGAAGAAUCUGAGCACAAAUGUAUCAUGUGUGGGAAGGUUGAGCCUUACGAGGCGCAUCUGAUUGUGCACAUGCAAAAACAUAGAAGAGUGAAGUUUGAGUCCAGCGGCAUUGGGAAAACCAAUACAGGACUAUCUAGUGCCUCUGUAGCAUUAACUUCUGAAAACUCUGCAGAGGAGCAGGACAGUUGUGCUAAGAAGAAAAGCAAGAAGGAAAGAAUGAAAUGCAAUGUUUGUGGGCUGGUUGUAUCUUCAAUGGACAGUCUCAAAAUUCACACCAUGCUGCACACAGGGGAAUGUGCCUACCGGUGCUGUGUCUGUGGUGACAAUUUUUCUUCUCUGUCCUCUAGACAACAUCACAUGGACACUCACGUGUCGGCCAAAAGGUUCAAGUGCUACCCUUGUGGCCAAAGAUUUAUCUCCCGUGGUGAGCUGGCCAAACAUCAGCUGACUCAUGAAAUCAAGUGCGCCCUCUGUGGGGAGACCUUCCCCAAUAAAACCAGUCGGACGUGCCAUUUCAGGGUCUCGCACCCAGAUGAUAUCUUGAAGUGUCCACAGUGUUCCAUCAUGUUUGCCACGCAGGAAGAUUUGAAGAAACAUCUUGUAUACCACAAAAAGGGCAAGAAGGAGCAGUGCCCGGUUUGUGGCGUGGUUGUGUCAAAGUUAAAGGACCACAUGCUUUUGCACAGUCAGCAAGCCAAUGAGAAAAUGUAUGUGUGUGACCAGUGUCCGAUGAGGUACCUGAGAAAGAAUAACCUAGACAGACAUAUGAGAACACACACAGGUGAGAAGCCGUACGCAUGCAACAAGUGCACCAAGCGUUUCCGUAGCAAUGGCAUGCUGAGGAAGCACUUGCUUACGCAUACCCAAGAACGGCCGUAUCAGUGUGAGGUGUGCGGGAAACGCUGCUCCGUCCGAUCCAAUCUCAGUAUUCACAUGCGAGUCCACAGCGCUGAUCGCAGCUACCAGUGUCAACUGUGUUCUCAAGCUUUUAACCACAAGAGCUCACUCCGUGGACACAUGAAGAGCAAACAUUCCAGAGAGUCGUCUUCUAUGCAAAACAUCGACGAUUUAGCACCCCAGCAUUCAACCCAUCAUCUGCAGCCACCAGCACAUCUGAUGUCGGAGAUGGAGAGAGUCUCAAUCGUAGAGCCGGUUGACAGACAUAUACAACUUGAUCUCCCUGUAGGACUGGCCCCCACCCUCAGCUCUGAACUGCUUCUGAAGGCUGAGGAGUCCAAUCACCUUCACCAGCAUGAUUACAGCCAGAUGCACUUGCAGCUCGGGUAUGCAGCCAGCUUGCCAACUAGUAUUCUUAUAGACGCAGACAGGAUGUCAUCUGUCAAAUAUGAUAUGCAACAAGAGGACAGCCUUAACAAUGACUAUUGAUUGGUACCCUUUUUCAUAUAACUUAUUUCUUACAAUGAUUAUUGACUGGUAGCCUAUAGACAAAUUACAUAUCUCUUGGGAUUAUUAUAGUCAUUAAUAAUGAAUUUUCUAAUUGAGAUAAAACCCGC